CGGGGCUGCCGUUCGUCCCCUUCACGAUCCGGACCUCGCAGUCCGUGGCAUAGUGUCGGGGCAUUUAAGGCAGAAUGCCAGUCCACAGGCUGACGCGGUUGUCGCUCACCCGGGUGCUGGGCACGGGCUCGCCCGGUUCUCCCCGCUCCUGAGGGCAGACGAGAGCCGCACGCCGGGCCCCACCUCCGUUGGGGUGAGGUCGUCCGGGGGCCCCCGCCGCGGCCCUCCGCAGGUUGAAGAAAUAUGGACAUCAACACCCACAUGGUUAUCAGCAUUGUGUGUACCAGUUUUUUCACCUUUCAGCUGCUUUUCCAUUUUGUAAGUCAUUGGUUUUCAGCAAAGGUUUCUUCAGGUUAUAAUAAUCUAAGCAACGAAAAGAAGAUUGAAUGGAACUCAAGGGUUGUAUCUACAUGCCAUUCUUUGGUGGUAGGGACUUUUGGCCUCUACCUUUUCCUAUUUGAUGAAGCUACUAUAGCGGAUCCACUUUGGGGUGAUCCAAAACAUGUGAUUGUGAAUAUUGCUACUGCCUCAGGCUACCUCAUUUCUGAUUUGUUGAUUAUCCUUUUAAAUUGGAAAGUGAUUGGUGACAAAUUUUUCGUAAUUCACCAUUGUACAGCACUGUAUGCAUACUAUAUAGUAAUGACUCAAGGAAUUCUGGCGUUCGUUGCCAAUUUUCGCCUACUUGCAGAACUUUCUAGCCCUUUUGUGAAUCAGCGGUGGUUCUUUGAAGCCCUGAAGUACCCUAAGUUUUCCAAAGUGAACGUCCUCAAUGGGGUACUGAUGACCGUGGUAUUCUUCCUGGUGCGGAUCAUCGUGAUUCCUCCAUUUUAUAUCUUCAUAUACUCUGUGUGGGGAACAGAACCCUACAAAAGACUUGGCUUCUUUGUCCAGUGUUCGUGGAUCUCUAGUUGUUUAGUUUUGGAUGUGAUGAAUGUUAUGUGGAUGAUCAAAAUUUCAAAAGGGUGCAUCAAAGUCAUCUCUCUCAUCAGACAAGAGAAAGCCAGAAGUAGUCUUCAGAAUGGAAAACUUGACUGAAGGUGUGCUUUGUCAAACACCUUGUUUAGAUAAGCAAUCUUCAUUACUGCUCAGCUAUAUCGACUAAUAGGAUGAAUUCUUGGCAUGUUCUUGUGCUUCUCUAUUAAUUAGAAUUGUUGUUCAGGUUUCGUUGUCUUUUUUUUUUAACUUUUAGAAAAGAGAAACUUCAAAUUUAGUUUCCAUUUCCAAGGUUUCUUUCCUUCUGCAUUAGAAGCAUGGAUUGAAAAUUGAAAGGAUUAAAUAAAAGUUACAAAUCUAGUGGCGAAUCUUCCCUGAAUCUCCUAGCCUGCAGCGGUAUUUUUCUCUGUGGGAAGAUGACUGUGAUAAGGUGGUACACACUUGGUAUAGUCAGUGAUCUACUUCAAGGAUGGGAGCUACUUUUCAGUCUGCAAACAGCUCUAAUGCCAACACUGGGGAAGGUGUCCUUUUCAAAUUGUUGCCAUCUUCUUUUUCCUACGCUAUUUACAAAAGUUCUGGUUUUCAUUUUAUAUCUGCUAUCAUCUAUUGAUGCCGGAGUACAUUUUGUUUACUUGAGAAUAUUUCAUUCAUUUAGUCAUGGAAAAUACUUCCUACAUUUUAGGAUUUUUCUCCUUUCUAUUUCUAGGAGUUUCCCAAAUUAUUGUUUUUGUAUUUUAAGCAAGAGAUGAUGGAUCUUCUAAAGGGAUGGAUUUUUUUCUCAGAGUGCAUAUUGGUAGGUGUUUGGUGACUACUUAAACUAACAGGUGGAAUCAUUAAGGAACAUGCUUUGUAACACUGCUGUCUCAUCUUCCCUGGCACUUUUUCUAUGAAAGCAUACUUCUGGCAUUUCCCCUGGGUUCACGGCUGACCUCGGCACUGGUGGCAUGCAUUUUGCAUUUGUCAUGCCCCAGAAAUAAGCUUCUUGUUGGUAAGACCCGACUACAGAAGAGUCAGUAUUCAUAUUUUAUUCAGUUUCUACCCCAGCUUGCUUAGUCAGCAUUUUGAGUGCUUUAGAUUUUCUUGUCUUUCUGGAAAAAAGAAAGAGCAGGAAAGAAAUAAGAUAAUUCAAUCCAAGUAUUCUCAUGGUCAAAAUUAUUGUCUUCAUGAAGACAAAUGACUGCUGAGGUUGUAUGUAUGUGUGUUUGUGUGUUUCUGUACUUUUACUUUGAUUCUGACAAUAUAAAUACUAGAAUUAUAUAUUUAGCUAUUACUGCCUUUAUUUAUUUCACUUAAAUACUUGACCUUAAAUGAUUGUUCUUACCUAAGGGGAGGGAACAUUUAGUUCAUCUAGUGAGGAAUACUUGAACUUAAUUGAACCCAACCAAAAGACUGAAUCCAUGUAGCUUCUCAGUUUGAAGGAGAAUGUCUGACUCUGAGUUCCUUGUUCCUGUCUUGAAGAUGACAGAAGGCUAGCUGAAUAUAACUAAGACAUUUAAUCUAUUUUGAUUGUCCUAAUGCAGUUAGAGCCUGAGAAGUUCUACACUGUUUAUAAAGUUGAAGAUUGACAAUUUGGUCAACUAAAUGAAUUUGAUUGGCUUGUAUCAGGUAAUUCUGGCAUGUGUGUGCUGGUACUAGGGCUGGAACUCAGGGCCUUUAGCUUUUGUGCUCAAGGCUGUCACUCUACCACCUGAGCCACAACUUUUCUUUUGGCUAUUUAACUGGUUAAUAAGAGAUAAGAGUCUCAUGGGCUCUUCUGCCUAG